UUAUCAAAGUUCUCUGAAGUACUUAGUUCUAGUUAUUACUGUUGUCGAUCAUAUAGAGAAGAUUAUGUCUGGGGCAGAGGUUUCACUUGGUUUUGAAGAAGGCCGAGUUGUCGUGAGGAAGUUCUUGGCUAGGCCUCAGCAUGAAGGAGUUGGAGCCAUUGUUAGAAGAAGCAUUGGGAGGUUUGAGCUGAGAUACUUUGAUCCUUUUCUUGUUCUGGAUGAGUUCUCAGUUACAGCUCCUGCUGGAUUCCCUGAUCAUCCACAUAGAGGGUUUGAGACAGUGACCUACAUGUUGCAGGGAGUCAUCACACAUGAAGAUUUCGAAGGGCACAAAGGGACGAUAGGAGCCGGCGAUGUGCAGUGGAUGACUGCAGGUAGAGGUAUAGUUCACUCGGAAAUGCCUGCCGCCCAAGGAACUCAAAAGGGUCUGCAGUUGUGGAUAAACCUCUCCUCCAAACACAAAAUGAUUGAGCCAAAGUACCAAGAAAUGGUGAGCAAGGACAUUUCAGAGGCUACAAAAGAUGGGAUCAAGGUUAGAGUGGUAGCAGGAGAAGCCUUGGGAACAAAGUCACCAAUUUACACAGAAACCCCAACCAUGUACUUGGACUUCACUCUCAAACCAGGAGCUCACCUUCAGCAUCCAAUACCAGUAUCAUGGAAUGCAUUUGUAUAUGUCUUGGAAGGGGAGGGUGUUUUUGGCACUCCACAGUCUUUACCAGUGGCAGGUCACCACCUUCUUCUUCUAGGACCUGGGGAUGGAUUCGAGGCAUGGAACAAGUCUUCCAAGAAUCUUAGGUUUAUAUUAGUUGCAGGUCAACCUUUGGGGGAGCCUGUAAAGCAACUUGGUCCAUUUGUGAUGAACACAGAGGAAGAGAUUGACCAAACCAUUGAUGACUUUGAAAACUGUGUCAAUGGGUUUGAGAAGGCAGCACACUGGAGAUCAGGAUCGGCACUUGGCCUUGAUUUCUAAUUUUACUUGUAUUAUUUGAGUUUUUAAUUUAUUUGGCACAACAAAUUCACAUUCUAAUUGAUAUGGUAGAGAUAUAAAAUAUGAAAUUCUUUG